AUCCCUGUCAAGAUCACAGUAGAAGAAUCUCCCGCCUCUCAGCUCUCCACGCCACGAUGAACUUUCUUCUCAUUGGCCUCUGAAACACAGAGUUCUCCUUCCUCAUUGGUGAGAUAGAGACAGGGGCGGUACCUGAUGCCCAGGUGGCGAGGGGUGGGUUUUUUCCCUCCCCUCUCUGCCAGGGUCCAAGAUGGCGCUCGCGGCCGCACUAGGAGGGUGCUGUGAAGCCGCGGCUCUGCCCUCACUCAAGAUGGCUGCCCCCAUCAAGAUGACCGGGGUGUGCCGGGGGUAGAAGGGUGGCGCGGUGGCCUGAGCAGCUGCAGGGUCCGAGCAUGUCGAGGCACCCUGGGUUGGGGUGCUGGGUAGCGGGGGGUGGGGUCGGCGGGGGCUGGGGAGGUCAGUAGCGACCCCUCUCCUGGACCCCACCCCCACCCUCCCCCAGGCUGAGAUGGGGAACAUGUUGGGCCUGGCUCCUCUGGGAGCUCUGCCCCGCCGAGGCGCCCGUCGCGAGGAGCCGCUGCCCAACCCGGGGAGUUUCGAUGAGUUGCACCGGCUCUGCAAAGAUGUGUUCCCGGUACAGAUGGAGGGAGUAAAGUUCAUUGUCAACAAGGUUCUGAGCAGCCACUUCCAGGUGACUCACACUGUGCACAUGAGUGCCCUGGGCCUGUCAGGCUAUCACCUCCAUGCCGCUUUUGUUGGUGACCAACAGCUCAGUCCUACUGAGGUGUUCCCUACUGUUGUGGGGGAUAUGGACAGCAGCGGGAGCCUGAAUGCCCAGGUCCUGCUUCUCGUGGCAGAGCGGCUCCGAGCCAAGGCAGUCUUCCAGACCCAGCAGGCCAAGUUCCUGACAUGGCAGUUUGAUGGGGAGUAUCGGGGGGAUGACUGCACCGCCACUCUGACACUGGGGAACCCUGACCUGAUUGGGGAAUCAGUGAUCAUGGUCGCUCACUUCCUGCAGAGCCUUACUCAACGUCUGGUGCUGGGGGGAGAGCUUGUAUAUCACCGGCGCCCAGGAGAGGAGGGGGCUAUCCUGACACUGGCUGGGAAGUACUCUGCUCUGCACUGGGUGGCUACACUGAAUGUGGGGUCAGGUGGGGCCCAUGCAAGUUAUUACCACAAGGCAAAUGAGCAGGUUCAGGUUGGAGUGGAGUUUGAGGCAAAUACUCGGUUGCAGGAUACCACCUUCUCCUUUGGAUACCACUUGACGCUACCCCAAGCCAACAUGGUGUUCAGAGGCCUCGUGGAUAGCAACUGGUGUGUUGCUGCUGUGUUAGAGAAGAAGAUGCCCCCUCUGCCUGUCACCCUGGCACUUGGAGCCUUCCUCAAUCACUGGCGUAACAGAUUUCACUGUGGCUUCAGCAUCACUGUGGGAUGAGAAAGCUGGAGAUGGCUCCCCUGACCACUUGAAGCCAUCAGAGAGAGAGAGAUAGAGAGAGAGCCAGGGUCUGGGUCUUUCCCCAGAGACCAGUUUGCUCAGUGUGACUCCAUUGGACAAGUGGGGACCUGGACAGAGCCCCCCUGCUAAGUGGAGCUAUCAAAAUGGGCAGGAUGGGAGGCUCUCCUGUCUAUCCCCCAGAACUCUAGCCUGACUGCUUUCCUCUCCAAGCCCUUGAGUCUGGCAGGCUCUGGACUGAGGGGGAGGGCUGUGAUUAUGUCUGAUUGCUUUCUUCCAUCCCUGUGUAUUAAAGCCAAUCCUUUUCCUCACUGACCCUCAGCAGAGCUAAGAAACCUAGGUGGGUACAAAUACCAUCCUACUCAUCAGCUCUGGGUCUAGUGCUGGAGUAGGGAACAGGGCUGUGGCUGCUUCAGCCUGUAUCCAGUGGGCACUGCUUCACUUGUGAAACCAGCUCUGACCCCUUCCCUGUGCAGACUAGAGAAUGAAUGAAUGAAUAUAUGGCCCUUCCUCGACAGCAGCAUGAA